AUGACGUCUUCUGGCGAACCUACGGAGACAGACGCCUUGUUGUCAUUAUCUCCCUCGAAUAUACAAGUAAAUGUCUCAGCUACUAGUGACGAUGAUAGUGAUACACUCUCUUCUGGUCAAGACGUGGUCGCUAGUGACGCACCAGGUCGUCACUUUACGGCCUUGACACGCACUGCGUCAUCCCUACGCUCUCCCUCCUCAAUCUUUCGCUCGCCUCUUGUGCCUCAUUUUGUCCUGGAUGGACCAAGUGGGAAAUCCGCUAGUCGUCACGCAGCACCGUCAUGUCAUUUACCUCAAUCUGCGCCUCAAGCCUACGGCGUCCUACGGACUCAUUCGUUUCCAAGCGACUUGUAUUCUGGAGCUCGGUUCUCUCGUUUUGAGAUUGAAGAAGCGUUACGACAACGUAAUGGGACAACGUUAUUGGAUUGGCUCAAGGGCAAAGGACGUAAUCCAUUCUCCGCAGCCAUGCGGAAACAAGAACAAAAGGAAAAGGAUCGAGAAAAACGUACCAAGGCACAACAUCGAGAGUCAUUCAGCUAUGACUUUUUUGAAUCUCGUGUCAACAUGCAACACGACCAAGAACAGACGGAAGGUGCCAUUCGGUCACUGAAUAUUGCACGCUGGGUCAUGACUUUUCUUGUGGGUCUGGGCACGGCUUUAGUUGCGUGUUUCGUCGAGUUCUGGACAUCGUUAUUGUCGACAUUUCGUACGUCGACGGUGGAAUCACUUGUUGCUGGUGAGGUGGAUGGAUCGCACAGCUUUGGCGUUGGUUACGUUUUCUACGCACUGAUUAGUGUAGGAUUUGUAUCGAUAGCAAGCUACUGUGUUGCUAUUCUUUGUCCAGUUGCUGGUGGAUCUGGUAUCUCGGAGAUCAAAGCGACACUGAACGGGAUCAAGAUCCACCGUGUUGUGCGGCUGAAAACGCUGUUUUGCAAGGCGUUUGGCAUCCUUUUUAGCGUAGCUGGCGGACUACCGAGUGGUAAGGAAGGCCCUAUGAUUCAUAGCGGCUCAAUUAUUGGUGCUGGGUUAUCACAAGGCAAGUCCUCAAGCUUUGGAGUGGAUACGAGCUGGACCAAGUUCAAGGGCUUCCGCAACGACAAAGAGAAGCGUGAUUUCAUCUCGUGUGGCGCUGCUGCUGGUGUGGCAGCUGCAUUUGGUGCUCCCAUUGGUGGUGUUCUGUUUGCACUUGAGGAGGGUGCCUCCUUCUGGCACCAGAACCUUACGUGGCGUACGUUUUUCUGCGCCAUGGUGUCCGCAUUUGUCUUGAAUUACUUCAUGACCUUUAUCGAGGCCAAUGAGUCGGCCGAACCGACACCUAAUGUGGGGCAUGGGUUCAUUGGCGGUACCUUGGGUACGCAAACGGGAACCUUUUCAUUUGGCCAAUUCCAAGGCAGCAUGGCCUACGAGGCGCUUGACGUUCCUGUGUUCAUCGUGAUGGGUAUGAUUGGUGGACUCGCAGGAGCUGCUUUUAACGGUGCCAACAUGGUAUUGACCCAGUUUAGGAAGCGUUACGUGACUCACCGCUACCUGCGUUUCGGUGAGGCUUUGCUGAUCGCUUUCAGCAUGGCAACGGCAUCGUUUUGGCUGUCUUACUUUUUUCGGCACGUGCCGCAACCUCGCUGGCGACUAUAG